AUUUCAGUGAGAUAAUUCAGUUUCUCUUAAACGUUGAACUGUUCCUUUAAAGUGACAUUAAUUGCUGUCUAAUUAUCUAGUUAAUUUCGCCUCAGGCUCUUACGUCAGUGCGUUAAACCUCCUCCUCCUCCCUUUUUUUCUCUCGCUCGGCAUUUUUAAAGCGCACACCGCCCUUCUUCUUCUUCUUCUCACUCGAGGUUUGUCCCUCAGCGCGAUCCGUCGGUCCGGGCAGCAAGAGGUGGAGGUGGGGGCAGCAAAAAAAAAAAAAAAAAAAAAAAAGAAAAAGCAGCGACGCCUGACAGCGACGCUUGCAGCUGAUGUACCGCUGGCUCAAAAAUGGAGAGCGACACCACUGUCAGGAGAAUAAAAGCCUUCGGGUCGCAGAGUUAUGCACCGCAAGAUAACGACGGUUCCCGGGACCGAUGCGGGAAUAACGGCUACAACGGUGACCCGAAGAGGAAGCCCGAAGUCAGCCUGUACUUGCUGCGGGAAGGGGUGGCAGCUUUCCUGGUCUCUGUGUUUAUUUUGGUACUGUGGGGACUUGUUCAUUUAUCGUUACAGCAGCUCGUCAUCGGGAAGCCGAGCGGUGAAUUCAACGCGGUGAGAGCUCGACGGCACUUGGAGCAGAUCACCAGCGUCGGCCCUCGGCCAGUGGGCAGCCACGAGAAUGAAGUACUGACAGUGGGCUACCUAUUGCAACAGAUAGAGAACAUUAGAGUCGAGACAGCAGCGGGCCCCCAUCAGCUCACGGUGGACGUGCAGCGUCCCACCGGCACUUUCUCCAUUGACUUUCUUGGAGGCUUCACCAGCUUCUAUGACCGCGUCACCAACAUCGCUGUCAGGCUGGAGCCAAAGGGUGGGACGCAGCAUCUCAUGCUGGCCAACUGCCACUUUGACACAGUGGCCAACAGUCCAGGUGCCAGUGAUGAUGCAGUGAGCUGUGCAGUCAUGCUGGAAGUCCUCCAUUCUCUGGCUAACCAGUCUACUCCUCUUCAUCAUGGAGUUGUCUUCCUCUUUAACGGGGCAGAGGAAAAUAUCCUGCAGGCCAGCCACGGUUUCAUUACUCAGCAUCCUUGGGCCAAGCAGGUGCGAGCCUUCAUUAACUUGGAGGCUGCUGGUGUUGGGGGCAAGGAAGUUGUUUUCCAAACAGGUCCAGAGAACCCAUGGCUGGUCCAAGCCUACGUUCACGCAGCCAAACACCCUUUCGCCUCUGUGGUCGGUCAGGAGGUCUUCCAGAGUGGCAUCAUCCCCUCCGACACCGACUUCCGCAUCUACAGGGACUUUGGUAACAUCCCAGGCAUUGAUCUGGCUUUCAUCGAAAACGGUUUCAUCUACCACACCAAGUAUGACACUGCUGACCGAAUCCUGACAGACUCGAUACAAAGAGCCGGCGACAACAUCCUGGCCGUCCUGAGGUACCUGUUAACGUCAGAGAAGUUGGCAGAUUCCUCAGAGUAUCGCCAUGGCAACAUGGUAUUUUUUGACCUGUUAGGGGUAGUCGUGGUGGCUUAUCCAGCCCGUGUUGGCACCAUCCUCAACUACAUGGUAGCCACAGCGACCUUCCUCUAUCUGGCCAAGAAAGGCUCACUCCCAGGAAACGGAGGUGGUCGUUAUGUUCGUGAUCUGGCCUGUUGUACAGGUGUAGCAGUCCUGAGCUGGUUCGUCACCCUGCUCUCGGUGCUCAUCGUAGCUCUGCUCGUCACUCUGCUGGGCCGCUCCAUGUUUUGGUACGACCACUUCUACGCCUCCAUCUGCCUUUAUGGGACUGCUGCCACAGGAAAGAUGAUCCUCAUUCACACGUUGGCCAAAAACCUAUACUUUGGAGGUGUCCGUUUGGUGGAGCUGGCUGAUCUCUACUUUGACGUGAGCUUGUUGCUGUGGUGCUGCAGCCUGGUCUGGCUGACCCAGCAGGGCUUGUGUUCGGCCUACGUGCCCAUGCUAAUGGUGGCCUUUCCACUGGCCACCAAACUACUGCUGGCGAAAGAAUUUAAACACAGAGGAGCGUCGAUGAAGUACAGUGUGUUCUAUCUGCUUGGCCUGGCAUUGCCGUAUGUCCACUUCAUGUUCCUCCUUUGGGUGGUGUUUGAGAUUUUCACACCCAUCAUGGGUCGCAGCGGUACAGAAAUACCCCCCGAGGUGGUGCUGGCCUCCCUUGUCACCCUUGCAACCAUCUUCCUCUCCUCCUUUUUUCUGCAUUUCAUCUACUUGGUACGGAGCACUAAGUGGAUCCUGGCUGGUCUUGGCUCAGUCUUCAUGGUCAUGUUCCUGUUGAUGUCCUGUGGCGUCCUCUUUCCUUAUUCAGGAAGUCCCGAGAGCCCACGGCCAAAACGAGUCUUCCUGCAGCAUACGACACGCACCUUCCACAAUCUCCAGGGCCAGGUGGAGAGCCGGGAUUCAGGUCUAUGGAUCAACAGUUUUGACUUCACAGGCAUACAGCACAUCACACCCCACGUCCCCGAGAUCAACGACAGCUUUCGCACCGACUGCCCCGAGGACCGACCCUUCUGUGGUUACCCCUGGUACCUGCCUGUGAAGUCCCUCAGCAAAAAGAACUGGUACCUUCCUGCUCCAGAAGUGUCGCCCAGCUCUCCAGUGGAGUUCAGUCUGCUGUCCAAAGAGGAGACCAGCUGGGGGACAAUCAAGAUGACCUUCAGCGCGAAAGGUCCCAGCCACAUGUCUCUGUAUCUGUUGCCUCACAAAGGAGCGAGCCUCUCCACCUGGUCCUUCGGUGACGGAACGCCUCAGUUUGACCUGAGCGGGGAAUAUUUCAUCUUUUACUCCCAUGGCCUCGAUGCCCCCACAUGGACCUUCUGGUUUGAAAUACAGCCUCCGAGGGAUCCAGACCCAUCAGGCCCCGAGGGGAUGAUCUCUGUUGCCAUCUCCACCCACUAUUUUUUCGGGCCAGACCAGAGGACUGCUCAACUAGAGGAAAUUCUCCCCAGGUUUCCCACUUGGGCUUUUCCUUCGGCUUGGGUUAGCACUUACGACAUGUAUCGAUACUGAGGACGCCGCACAUCAGAGGCUGACGCUGCAGAAGAGCCCGAGGGCUGCAGGGGCCCUCGAGACCAGACGGAAGAUUUCAAAAGGAACAAUACCGAGAGCCAGCCCUGCCGCCUUUUCACUCUGACACAAACACACUCUCUAACACACACUCACGCUCCCUCCCAGCCUGCCUGAGAGACCCCCAUCACUGUGUCAGUAGGCUUUAGUAGCUAACCUGAGCAGGAAGAGAUGUGCUGAGACAUGCCAGAGGUAAGCUUGACCGGCUUACGGAACGACUAACUCACUGUCCGCUCACUCCGCGGUUAGCGAAACGAAGGGGUUAAGAUUUUUAUUUUAUUUUAAUUUUUUUGUACUCAAUCUAUCGUGCCUUUGCUUUUACUCCCUUCAUCUCACUACCCGUCUUUGCUCACUUCCUCCUGUUCUUUGUCUCUCAUGCAAACACCCUUCCUGAAUGAAUAAUGUUGCAUGGCUACCUCCCCCCUGCUCUCUCUUGAUCGGCAAACCACUUGAGUAAAUGUGUGUCUGGCUUCCUCUGCAGAAAUAACACCACCACUGUCUGUACUGUAAGGUGUAGUAACAUACUGAUGUGUCUGUUUGGGAAGGGAAACAAAGACUUGUUGUUUUGUUUGAGCCUUUUUCCUUUUUUUUUGGACUUUAACUGGAAACUGACACUUUUGAAAGUCGCUUUUCAUCAACACACACUUCUUUCUUUCUCUUUUUUUUAUGAGCAAAUAGUUUUUGUAUUAGCUAAUCAAUUAACAAUGACAUUGCUCAUUAACAUUCCUCACUAACACCACUGAUUUGCAGCAAAGCUCUCUCUCUCUCUCUGCGUUUCAAUGAGGAAUGCUAACAAUCUGCUUUAAUCGUCAGAGUAUCUGGCAUGCAGAUGCAGAAAACUGUGCCUGUUAAGUGAAAACAGCUGGCUAAAGACAAAAUGUCAAGGUGUCCUUUUUUAAAAAGGAGAAGCCUUCCUGAUGACGAGGAUUUUGCACUGAGGGCAAUAUCGAGGUCUGAACUUUUUUUGCCCUGCUGUGUUCAAACAAACGUGUGAUUUCUGGGCUUGGUGAGACCGCUCACAGCUCACAGGGACUCUAAAUGUCCUGUGAUUUAUUCCCUGAUCCUCGAGGAAGGACUGGGUGGAAAAACUCAUUAACAGCAUCUGUGUCUGUCAGCUCGUUCUGUCUCAUGUGUAAGUGUUGAUUAUUUACUUUUGCUGUUACUGUAAUCGUGUUUGUACGUUUUUCAAACUUGACUUUUUCCUCUGUGCUACGAGCUGUCUCCAGCAGCACCGUCGAAUCUCUUCAAUUAUUUGAUUAAUCAAUUAGUAGAUUAGAAGAUAAAUCCAACUAUUUUGAUAAUCAGUUAAUUGAAAUUGACAGAAAUCUGCUGGUUCCAGUUCCCCAAACUUGAAUAUAUAAUAGAGAGAACAUCAUGUCAGCUUUUAAACCUGUGGGCUUUAAAAACUAUUCUUUGAUAUUUAAUAUAAGUGUAAACGAUUGAUCAAGAACACAAUGGGAAGAUUUUUUGAUACUAAAAAUAAUCAUAAAUUGCUGCCCUAAAAGAAAAGGAUCCAAUAACCUUACGUGUUGACUGCAGAUCGGGAAAACUUAACCUGUUUUCAGUCACUAACCACUAAAAACACAGACACCAAAUCAGUAUAGCAAUAUAGAGACUUUAUUUUCCAAGUUGGAUUUUCCAAAACAUUAUUUUAUUGGUCUGUAUUUUCUGGAAAAUACAUGUAGUUUGGUACUAAUCAUAUGGAACAUAGAGAUAAAUCAGUCUACAUGCAUACAUGCAUUUAACACAUAUGGAAAAAUAAAGCUUUCAGGAAACGUCCUAAUAAGUUAUUCAGAACUAACAGACCUGUAAAAUAAAGCAGCUCUAUGUCGAUGUUUUUAGAUGAAAUUAACUUCUGUUUCCAUAAAUAAUCUCUGUUGUAGACAGAUGACAUGGUGUGGCUGCUCAGCUAAUUAUCAACCCGGUGAGGCGUUUGCAUUUACAUUUAAUUAGGUUUCUCUCUGAAAUGUGUCUUAAGAAUGUAUAAUUUUACAUCGGUGCUGCUGCAGACAGCUUAUACCGUUAAUAUUUCCUGUGAUGUUCUUCUGUGAUAUUUCUUCAGUUUCACUCCUCUCACGUGGAGCUGUAUCCGUUUGUUUUGUUGCCUAGACUCCCAAGUAUCACACCCACAAUCCAUUUAAUGGCCUGUUUUGUUUUAGUCGGGGACGGGUUGUACUCGAAACAAAGUGAUAACUGUUCGUAUUUUCAGACAGCCUCUCCUUGGAAGACAUUCAUUGUGUUGGACUUGGUUGUUCACGUUAAAAAGUGACAGGAAUAGUUGUACCAAGAAUGAAAAAGGAGAGAGCUAGAGAGGCAGAGAAGUUCAAUCCAUGGCUCCUUUCUCACCUUUUUUACGGCGUGAAUGUCGGAAAAGUGUGAAGAGACGAGGUUUUGAAGCUAUCUGAUCAUCUGACAGGCACUUCUAACAGAGUAUACUGGCCCCUUCAGUGUCACCACUACCUCCACAAUGAUCAACAUUUCAUGUUCUUGUUCUUGGUUUGAAUGUUUUGUAUGUUUUCUGCUAACUAAGUGGAGAUUUAUCUGUUUCCAUUGUGUUUUGAUAGUUGAAUCACAAAGCUGUGUUAUCAAAAAAACAAAAAAAAAAACCAGAGUGACCAUCCUCAGUCUCACAUAAAUCUGUUAAAACACACAAAUGUCACACAGUUGCUUGUUGGUGGUCGGACUCCUGAUGAUGGAGUUGUAAAGACUACGGAGAUCCACUGAGCAAAAAUGGUCUUCGGUCCACUUUGUGUCGCACCCGGCGACCGCUGUCGUUGUGAUCCACGUUGUCUUGUUUAACACAGAAUUAAAAAAUGCUAACAUGAAGGAGGCCUUAACAUUUCGCUUCCAAAGACAAACAAACUAUUUACUGUCGUGGACACAAACGUCUCAGUGGUCUUAAAGCCAUCAGGUGCUUCACUGCGCAGAGUUUUUAUGUUCCUCGAUUGUUUUCUGUUGGAAAGUUUCAACUUUAAAAACCAUCACAGCCUUUAUUGGCACUUUGCAAGCUGAAAGCAGAUUGUCUCCUUUUACACUUAUGCACAAUCUCACGACUAGGUCCACUCGAUGCCAUGAUCCUUCUCAACAGAUGCAGUGAAAAUGUAGAUAUUCAAAAAGCUUCUGAGUCCACGUCCAUGUUUGCUUAAAGGUUAAAAGUUUCCAAGGUCAAAGAGGAACAUUGAUCUUUUAAGCCGACAUGCACGAGGAGUCCUUAAAGUACUCCGACUGCAAAGAAGGUGUGAUACUGUUGAAAGCUCCAGAGCAGAGUGGACCACAGUGACGCCUCGAAAAGGAAAAUAUCAAAUCUGUCAGACAUUUGCUGUUAUGAAUAAGAAAAGAAGAAAUUUAUUCGGCUUGUGAAAUUGUUGUAAAGAUUGUUGUUGUUCAUCUUAAAGGAACAUACUUGUGUUUUUUUUUUUUUUCUUGCCACUCACACAAAAUCACAUAUACUUCAAACUUUACUGUAACCUUUUAAAGCAGUGAAAGCAGCUUUACUGGAGAUGGGAACAUCAGCUGCCUGCUGGAAAACAUGCUGUAAAUGAAACAUUGUGGGGAAAAAAACACCAGUAUGGUUCUUUUUUUUUUUUUUU